CGUUUCGCGAGGGACGUCGGUGCGGUCGCUUUCGUGCGGAAUUUUCGCAAUCUAUUACAUGUGAUUUAUUAAAAAAUAACUAGUCAUGUCCCUAAAGGGUGAUUUUAGGACAGAUUCGCCCGUCACGACGUUUCGUGCUCGUUAUAAAGGAUAGAUGUGCAAAAAUCACGUUCCGAUAUCAAAACAAAGUAGGAGAGUAGGUAAUUUGUCGGAAUUUGUGUGUAUGUAUUUAUAUUGUAAAUAUUUGUAGCCAGUUUUAAGUAAUUGAGUGUAAGCGUUUAAAAAAAACAAAGUGCAAUGUGAUUUGUGGUUCGUUUUUAUGGAUUUUAAAUUUCGAAUUUGGAAUUCGUAUUUUAUGCCGAUAAUGACGAGUUAAAUGACAACAUGAGUCUCUGAUGCCGUUAAAAUGACUGCAACUAAAACGGAGAUGGCACAUGCGGGCAGCAGCUUCCAGUGGGACAAACUGUCACCAGCAGAGUUCCAGCAACUGCAGGAGUUGACAUCAUAUUCGACCAAAAAACUUCAAGAUGUGCUCAAAGAGUUUUGUGAAGUCAAGAAGCAGAGCCCAGAUGGGGAUAUCGACUAUGAAGGUUUCCGCUGGUUUCUGGAUACAUUCCUCGAGAUUUCAGCCCCUGAUGAGUUGUCCAGGCACCUCUUCCUUUCGUUUGUACGCCGAGACCGGCGGCCGGCGCUCCGCGAGAUGGCAGCAGCGAGCUCCACCGCCGCUUGCGCAGCCGUCACAGCUCAUGCAGACCAUCAAGGCAAGUUGAGUUUAGCAUCCAAGAUCCAUGGUUUGGCGGAGCGGUUACAGCAGUUGGGCAAGAGUUCUGGAGACUCAGUGGAUGGGAGUGACAAGGGGUCCAGGAGUCGAACUGGAAGCGUCCAUCCGAUGUUUACAGUGACCACGCAUCCGUCGUAUUCUUCACAUGAGCUCUGUCUGGACAGACGCAAUGAGACCAGCCCCAGCCAUAGCCAGAUGUCCAGGAAUUCCAGUCGGAAAAGCAGCAACUCUCUCAGAGUCAACCAGUCUACUAAGAUCGAAGAUUUCAGGCAUCUAAUGAGACGAUCAUCGACACUGGAAGUCCACACUGCCAGGGUAUCUCUGAAAGACAUCGUCUGCUACCUCUCACUCUUGGAAGCUGGAAGACCAGAAGAUAAACUGGAAUUCAUGUUUCGGCUGUACGACACGGACGGUAACGGCGUUUUGGAUACAAAUGAAAUGGAUUGUAUCGUGAAUCAAAUGAUGACUGUUGCUGAGUACCUUGGAUGGGAGACUUCGGAACUUAGGCCGAUCCUACAAGACAUGAUGGUGGAGAUAGACUAAGAUGCUGACGGUACCGUGUCGCUUGAUGAAUGGAAGCGGGGAGGAAUGACUACAAUACCGCUCCUAGUACUCCUAGGACUGGAUACAAAUGUCAAAGAGGAUGGCGAGCAUGCAUGGCGACUGAAACAUUUCAGCAGGCCGGCCUACUGUAAUCUAUGCCUGAACAUGCUAGUUGGACUUGGAAAGAAAGGACUUUGUUGUAUCUUCUGCAAGUUCACAGUACACGAGCGUUGUGUACAGAGGGCGCCUGCGUCGUGUAUUGCCACCUACUCUAAGUCAAAAAGGGCGCCCGCUACGUUAGCCCAUCAUUGGGUUGAAGGCAACUGCCACGGCAAAUGCGCUCGAUGUCGGAAAAAGAUCAAGGGCUACAACGGUAUCACUGGACUGCACUGUCGCUGGUGUCAUAUCACUCUGCACAACCGUUGCGUGGGCAGCGCGGGCGGCGCGUGCUCGCUGGGCCGCCACGCGCGCCACAUCCUGCCGCCCACCGCCAUCCGGCCGCUCGUACUCGACCGACAGAGGUCGCUGCCACAUCGCCCGCAGAAUGACCAGCAAUCACUACCCACCUCGAUAUCCCUGCCUAUAUCGAUAGCAGCAUCUUCAGAAGAGAAAAAAGAAGAAAGAGAGAAGCGCGAACCUCGAGCACCUCCCAUCUCCUUUCAGAUCACCCCCCCUGACGGGUCAUGCCCCCUACUCGUGUUCAUCAAUCCCAAGUCUGGAGGACGACAAGGAUCCAGGGUUUUACGAAAGCUGCAGUACAUUUUAAACCCUCGACAAGUACAUGAUAUCGCUAAAGGAGGACCCAUGCAAGGUAAAAUGAAUCACAUGUUUAUCAUGUUCUGA